AAUGGCAUAACUCCAUUGGUCUCAGCAUGUUCCAAUGGUCAUGAUAAAGUAGUACAAGUAUUACUAGACCAUGGUGUUCAAGUGGAUGUUCAAGACAAGAAUGGCAUAAUUCCAUUGGUCUCAGCAUGUUCCAAUGGUCAUGAUAAAGUAGUACAAGUAUUACUAGACCAUGGUGUUCAAGUGGAUGUUCAAGACAAGAAUGGCAUAAUUCCAUUGGUCUCAGCAUGUUCCAAUGGUCAUGAUAAAGUAGUACAAGUAUUACUAGACCAUGGUGUUCAAGUGGAUGUUCAAGACAAGAAUGGCAUAAUUCCAUUGGUCUCAGCAUGUUCCAAUGGUCAUGAUAAAGUAGUACAAGUAUUACUAGACCAUGGUGUUCAAGUGGAUGUUCAAGACAAGAAUGGCAUAACUCCAUUGGUCUCAGCAUGUUCCAAUGGUCAUGAUAAAGUAGUACAAGUAUUACUAGACCAUGGUGUUCAAGUGGAUGUUCAAGACAAG